UUUUUCUUUUUUCAGUCAUAUUUCCUAAAAUUCUGGAUUCUAAUAAAUAUUUAUUUCACUCUGUGCUUUAGAGUCUGGGCCACAAGCAAUGUUUUAGUUUCGAUACAAUUUACAUAAAUUGUUUUGUCAUUUUUAGCACGUUUUGUUUCGCUAACUAUGUUCAAGUUAUGAUUUCUUGCAAAGGCAAAAGGGAUUUAUCGAAGUUGUAGGCAUAUCUGAAUUACGAUUUGCCCACGGGCCUCGGGCGUCAACAUCCGGAAGGGUUGUGUGUGACUUUAGUGCUUGUUUUGUAAUAAAUUUCGCACGCCCACUUUGCACAUCUGGUGUAGUGUUUGUUGUUGUGACCGAUGGUACGGAACAAGUGAUAACACAGUGGCAUUCGUGGUAAAAUGUCGCUGCAAAAGAGCGUCAAAAGCGCUGGGGGCGAGCGAAGUGAGCAGGAUAACGCCUCUAUAUGCUCAUCAGUGACUACGCAGCCUGACAGACAUGGCUUUUUCGGCGGUGCACAGUAUAGUCCUGAACCAAAACGGACUUUAUCUCCGAGCACGAUACUGAAGCGGGAACAAAAAUGGCUGCGCAUGCUGAACAACUGGGAGGCGUUUAUGAGCAAAAAUUACAAAAAAGUUCGCGAGCGGUGCCGGAAAGGUAUACCCGCGUCAGUCCGACCCAAGGCGUGGCUCUACCUCUGCGGAGGUCAGCUCCUGCUGGAGAAGCACCCCGACGAGUACGAAGAACUGUUGAAAGCGCCCGGAGACCCCAAGUGCAUGGAGGACAUACGGAAGGAUCUACACCGCCAGUUCCCUUACCACGAGAUGUUCAUACGAGAAGAGGGAUUAGGGCAGCAAGAGCUUUUCUGCGUCCUAAAAGCGUAUUCGGUGCUGAACCCGAAAGUGGGAUACUUCCAAGCGCAGGCGCCGGUGGCGGCCUUCCUGCUGAUGCACAUGCCCGCCGUGCAGGCCUUCUGGUGCCUCGUCAGCAUCAGCGACAAGUACUUGAACGGAUACUACAACCCGGGGCUUGAGGUCCUCCAGCGCGACGGAGACAUACUGCACGCGCUGCUGAGGAGGACCGCGCCGGCGGUGCACCGGCACCUGGGCAAGCACCGUGUGGAGCCCGUGCUGUACGCGACGGAGUGGUUCCUGUGCGCGCUCACCCGCACGCUGCCCUGGGACAGCCUGCUGCGGGUGUGGGACUGCUUCCUGUGCGAGGGAGUCAAGGUGCUGUUCAAAGCGGCGCUGGUGAUCCUGGCGGGCGCGCUGGGCCCGGCCAAGGUGCGCAAGCGCGCGUGCGGGCUGUGCGAGACGCUGGAGGUGCUGCGCCACCCGCCCGACGCCGUGCUGGCCGAGGACUACCUCAUGUACCACAUGCAGCGCCUCAACCUCACCGAGGAGGACUUCGAGUUCGAGCACCAGCGGCAGACCGCCAAGCGGCGGGCCAUGGCCAACAGAAGUGGUAGCUGAUUCAGCGAGUGUUCCUACAAGCGUUAUUCUAAGGAUAACGCUCGGGACAUCUUCCACACUCUAUAAACAAGAGUGCAAUGAACUAUUUGUUCACAACUGAACAUAAAUGAACAUAUUUGAUCGUCAGUGAUCAAACGUGCAAGUGAAUGAAAACGAACGACAAAAUCGACUAGUGUUUAAUAGAAACUCGAAAACGACUAUUACUAUAGUAAUACAAAAGUGAUUUGUAUAAAUAAUAUGUGUAUAUAAUAUGCAGUGAAGUGUACGCUGCCAAAUGGGUGGUUUUGUAUUUUAAGUGAGAAAAUGUAUAGUUGCUGGUGGAUAAAGAUGUAGUUGGUAGGAAUGAAAAUAUUUGUACAUAGAGGCAGACAGAUAAUACAAAAAUAAUUGACUCCAUACACUACAUAGACAGAGAAGGUAAUAGACAACUAGAUAGUAUCUGUGUAGCGUGCCGUCUUUUCAGACCUUACACACGGUUUGACAUUUGUGUCAUUCUUUAAUAGAUUUUUAUGUUUUUAUUUAAACAUAUAAAAUAUAUAUUAGAAAGAAAGAAAAAUGCGUUUAUUUCGAAAUUAUGCCACACAUCACAAUAUCUCCAGUACACCAUGACAUCCAGGACAAUACCCUGCGAUGUGUGGCAUAACCCAGAAAAUGGCCCCAGCUCAGCGUAAUGCUACGUGACCAUUUGAAUUUGGACACGUAGCGCUGAUUUAUUUUAUUAUUAGUAGUAUGAGCACAUGUGAAAAAUACAGAGACAACAUAACAACGACACACCAAUCAGCUGUCUAUAACAUCCUUUGUCUAUGAUACACCACAUGUAUAUAAAGGGUGCUCGGGAGUAUUUCCUAUAACUUAUAUUUUAUAUGGAAAAUUAAUUAAAAAUGUCUAAGGAACAUGUGUUCUAAAAUGAAUAUUUUCGGAGUAAAAAAAUUUCCUCCUUAUAUUAUGACCUAGCCAAAGUUAUUCAUUGAUAAAUAUCAUGAUGUAGCUUACUAGUGAAGUACAGAAUGCCAGUUGCAAUAUCUUGUCGAUAUCGACAGUCUUACCACUUCGAUUACGUGUUUUAAAAUGCAAGGAUAGAUAAACGCGUGGAUAGUCGGAAUUAUUUGAAUUACUUUGUAUGAAAACAUAAUUUUUUUAGUUAAAAAAAUAAUUAUGCCGUUCGGCUCCUAUAUGUGGAUUUGUUAAUGCCUUGAAGUUAUGGGAAAUAUUCUGCUACACUUUGUAUAGUCAGUGCAAGUUAUCUCUGAGUAUUUUAUUUGAAACAACCAUGUUUUGUAGAACUAUUUCCUUUAUGUCGGAUGGAGAUUUUGAAAAUAUUUCUUUUACGUUUUGUCAAAAUAUAAAUAACGAUUUUAUAAACAAUGUUGAUUUUUUGAACCAAUUUUUAUUAAUUUCAUUUGUAUUGAGUAAAUGUAAAAAAUAGCUGUAUAUAGAGUUUUUCUUAUGCUGAAUUUUAUCAGAACAUUUCAUUAAUGUUAAGUGAUUUUUAAAGAUAUUUAGUUAAACAAAUGUAUUGCACAUAUUAUAACUUUUUCUUAGUCAACUUUUAAUUUAUAUGGUUUCGUUUUUAAUAUUACUUUAUGCAAGUUGAAUACAAGUUGCUGAAUAGUAAUUACUAGUGAUGUCACUUGACUAUAUAGAUUGUUGUUAGUCUAUUGAUAAAUUGCACUAUUAAUAGAUUAUUAUCUAUAAUAAUAAUCUGCGGAUUAAGUAUAUAUUUGUGAACGGCAAAGCAAUAGCCAUCCUCUUGAUAUGAAUCCAUAACAAUUAAUUUAAUUUUUAACAUUACAUGAUGACAAUACAUGAUUAGCUAAGACACGUCAUUAUAAAUUCAAUAUGGCGGCCUCCACAAGAUGACGGACUGGCUGUUUGAAAUCCACCCCCAUGAUAUGAAUUUCAAAUAAAAGGGUUUGCUGUGUGUUCAUAUUUCGAAACAUAUGAAUGGUAUUUAAUUUGUUAUAUCUACCACAGUACCCAAUAGUAAUUAAAUAUCUGAUAAAUUUGAAAAUAAUUUAUAGUUCUAUAAAAACAGAUAUUGAUUAUUAUCGAUAGAUCAGCAUCACUAGUAAUUACACUAUUAUAUUAUAUUUAUUUGUUUAUAAUUUAUAAUAAAAUAAACUUUAAAUUUUAUGAGCAUAUUUACAUAAGGAUAUGAUUUCAAAGUAUUAAGCUUACCCUUAAGGCACACUACUUUCUCGAAUUUCACGCCCGAUCAUUUUAUCAUAAUCGUCCGAAAUUCAUAAAUAAGUAGUCUCGUCAAUUUGAAUCUUUGCUUAGAAGAAUCUUUUGUUUUUUUUUUUAAUUUUCUCCUAAACAUAAAUGUUAAACAAUAAAAUGGUUGGGUUAACUCUAUGUUUGUUAAAACAACGAUAUUUUAUACUAGAUAUGUUACGUGCCUAAAAAGUGUGUAGUAACAUAUCUAAUAGUAUAAAAUCUUUGGGUUCAAACCAUAAACAACACUAUCUUACUGAUUUACAUACAGUAUUCUACUAUGGUUCAAUUUUCAUUUAUUUAAAUAGGACCAAUAAGGAGAUGUUAAAUAUAUAAGUUUUAAGUCAGUAUUUCACUGAUAAUAAUAAUAAAUAUAAAUACAUUAUAUUCCUGUAUAAAAGAAUCCCUUUAAUAAAAAAAAAUGUGAUAUAUGAUUGAGAGUGUAAUAUGUACACAUAUCUGGGAGUGAUGUAAUAUAUGACAUAAAAAUACUUAUGAUAUAUAUAAAAAAAUAGCAAAAUAUAUAAAAAUUGCGAUAAUAAUGUAUAUAGAAUUUUUUAUGUGGAGAGUACAACUAGAUUAGUAUUAUAGUAUAUUUUUUAGUAUUUUGUUUGGUCGUGUGGAUGCCAUACUUUGCAAAUAUUGAAUCCAAUAUCAUACGAGUAACUAUAUAUACAGGGUGUCCCGUAAAUAGUACAACAUAGUUUAUAGGGUGAUAGCUGACAUCAAGACCUACUAAAAUUAUGCAAUAUAUGUUAGCCGGAAUUUUACGGUUUUUAAGUUAUAUUGAUUUUUGUACAAAAUACAAGAGUCCCUACCUUCAGUGCAGUUUAGUCAUACCAUAUUGUGCUGAAAACUAAUUAAGCGUUGAUUUUAUAGUUGGUUGUCAGCUAUCACCUUGUAAAUACACCCUGUAUAUUUGGAUUGAUACUAAUUAUGUAUCGUAAUUUAAAUGCAGUCACCUGGCGAAGGAGCAGCGAAACAUCUGUUAAUGUAAAAAUAAUUAAUUUUUUUAAUGUCAAAAAGUGUUAUUUAAUUUUCAACAUUAUUUCAAUACUAUUAAAGUGUAUAUUAUUAUCACAAUGCCAAAUGUCUUCGUUUUUGCCUCGUCAGUGUACGCCGGCCUUUAUAGUAAUCUACAAUAUGAUAAUAAACAGUAAACUUCUCUUAAAGCGAGUAUCUAUAGCCAUAACUCUUCUAUCUGUGACCUAGGCUGUCGAAAAUUCUGUGUAAUCUCAUGAUAUAUUUCAUUUCCAUACCUAAAGCUAAAGCUCCUGGCACGUGCCAAAUGUUUUUAAAAUAACAUGUUACGAUUAGUUAACAUUGACCUUAAAAACAUUCUUCGUUAAGCCAUGUUUACACUUACCAACGUUGGUCAAUGUUGUGCUACUUUGCAAAAUAUGUUUUGCUCUGAAAUUUUGUUGCCUAUCUAUAUUAUAGUAUAGUUAAGUUAUGCAACAUUACUAGUGUCUCCAAUCAUCUGCGGAAUUGUCUAUUGAAUGUGCAGAUUUAUAGUGGUACUAGCUGACGGCGCGCGGUUUCACCUGCGUGGUUCCCGUUCCCGUAGGAAUACGAGGAUAAUAUAUAGCCUAUAGGCUUCCUCGACAAAUGGGCUAUCUAACACUGAAAGAUUUUUUUUAAAUCGGACCAGUAGUUCCAGAGAUUGGCGCGUUCAAGCAAACAAACAAACUCUUCAGCUUUAUAAUAUUAGUAGUGGUAUAUACAGUAUCAAAGCCUAGGAAGUCAGAAAGUAACGUCAAAAUAUUCCUAAAUAUUAUAUUAUUUGAUACGGCGGACGCUCAGAAAUUUCUAAUUCGGUUAAUUUUCUUUUGAUUUCAAAAAUCAAAGCGUAAAGCCUUCUCCAAGUUUAGCUUCCAUCAGCAGAACCGCAUGAAAAUCUGUCCAUUCGCUUACAAAUGGUGAUUGAACAAGACAGGAAAACAGGCAAUAAACAUACAGGCAUAGACGAAAAAUUAUUCUGUCUGUUUUAUGGUAAAUACAAUUGAUUAUUUUUUUCAAUUUUAUUUAAUAACCUAUUAAAUAAAAAUGGUUUUUAUUGUUUAUUUAUAAUUUUAAAUUUUGAUUUUGGAUUUAAUUUUUGAGUUCAUUUGGCUACUCAGUUUAUUUAUUGUAUAUAGUAUUAUAUACAUAUGUUACUAUUAGUCACUGUGUUUUAAAAAAAUAGGAUUUUUUCACACUUUGAAACAGUUCUACUUUGUAAUAAGUAAAUAAGUAUUGAAAAACAUUCCUUUUUUAUCUCAUAUUAUUGAAGGAAUCGAAUUUUACUUGACGAAAAUUACUAACAAGCAACUUUUACUGCCCAAAAAAGUCCUAGCAUAGUUAAUAAGUUAUUUGCAUAGUUUUUUAUAUUAACUUUGCACUCUAGGAAUAUUGUUUCUUUUUUGCUAUAUAAAACAUUAUUUAUUUAAAAUUUAUAAUAAAUAUUUAGCAAUAGUUGAGCACUGCAUAAUCUAUUUUGCAAUAUUUAAGGGGAAAUUAUACGGAAAAUGGUUACACUAUUUGAUUUGUUGAUUUUUUUUUAUAUUUAUCACGCUGACGCUGCUGGCACGUGCAAUGGUUUUAAUCAGCAUUUUCAAAAAUAUCGAUCUCGAAUGUGUUGUUUUAAUACGACUUGUUAAAUAGCUAUAAUUCCACGUGACUGGAGCGUUAACGUCAGGUAUAGUCAACCUUUUGUCACUAGUGCAAUAAUAUCAAAAUGUAAAAGUUUGUUAAAAUUAUUACCACAAUAUUAAAACAUGUAAUUACCACCUUCUGAUACUUCCAUUCUGUGCGAACUGCGCAGGUUUAUUAACCUCGCUGACGUGUAUUUUCAUAUACAACCUCAACUCGGACUCAACGAUAUUUUAUACUGUAGAUAUGUUACUUGCCUACUGCAAAAAGUAAAUUUAACUACUCUACUGAGCGCGCACGCGCAACAUACAUUAUAUAUUUAUGUGUAUAUAGUUUUUACACUUCCUGAACAUACAACUCGACAUUGUAGACCAUAUUUAGGUAUUAUUUGUUUGAAUAACUUUCGUUGUUUAUGCGACUAAAUGAAAUUAAGACAACCACUUUUGUUCGCCUCAGUUUCGAAACGUUAGUGACAUAUCUAAUAGUAUGAAAUCUUUGAUACGCCUAGUGCUCAGACCAGACUAGAUGUUUUGCGAGUUCACACACUUUUUGAUGCCUUAAAAUAUACUUCAAAUGUAUAUAAAUAACCUAAAAGAAAACAAUUAUUUUACUUUGUAAGAUUUCCGGAAUGUAAAUAGUGAAGAAAUAGAUAUCUUAAUUUAGGAUCUAGAAAGAUAAAUAGGGGUAGGGGGUAGGGGUAUUUAUCGGGUUAUGUUUGUACUUUGUAUGGAUACGUGGUAAACGGUACCUUAAGUAGUAAACUUGUUUUAUUAAUUUUAUUGUGGUAUAGUACUAUGGUAUAGUACUGCACGUACUUCGAAUGUAGGCUAUGAUAGUUUUUAAAUUUAAGGCCAAGGCUACAUUGGGAUGCGACUUGUGACACGUGACACGUGACAAAAACUGUACUCAGAGGCACAAAUAUCCGCCCACUUUAGUAUGACGCGAGUAUAUUAAAGUGGGCGGAUAAUUGAGCCUCUGAGUAUAUUUAUUCGCAGUCAUGUUACCGUGAUUUGAAAUGAAUGAGUAUUGUUGUGGUAAAAAAACUGUAUUACAAUCAGUGGUUUGCAUACGGUUUUUAACUAGGGUAUGCACUAUACGUAUAAAUUAUAACUACUUUGAAAUUUUCUUCUCCAACCCGUAAAUAAAAUAAAUAAGUGUGAUUAUUGCACAUUUUUCAUUACAAGGAUUAUUCGCGUGGUUAUUGGAUGCAAUUCGCGGCUCGAUGUAGCCUCAGCUUUAACGUUAGGCUGGCUGACCAAAGCCAAGUCAAGAAAAAUUGGGCAAAGGCAAAACAAACAGCCAAUAAGAUCGUUCCAUUUUCGAGUAAUAAAAUGUUUAUACAUUUGAGCUAGUGUAGAAGCCAAAGUGGAGUUCUAAUUAGGGGAACGUACGGAAUUUCUGUCUACGGCAUAGAAAGAUUUUGGAAUGGGAUUUGUGGUUUGUGUGAGAUUAGUAUUGAAGUUAUCACAUAACCAUAACCGCCGCUGUCUUAACUAGGCCUUGGGCAUUCAAGAAUUUGGGGUCCUUUUGAAAAGUAAAAAGAGCGAAUUAUACUAACAUUUUUUUACUAAGUAUGAGUAUGACCAUUUAUUAUAUAACCAAAUACAGUAUGAUAUAUAACAUGUCAUUAACGAUCUUAGAAUGCUGAUGGUUUUUUUUGGUUACGGUUUCUUUUGGGAUUUCUGUUGAGCAAAAUCUUCUAUUAGGUAAGUAUAUCCUUAAAGUCAUCAUUUUGAAGGAUGGAUAUUGAUAUUGUCAGUCUUUCGGGAAUUCCCCUGAGAAUGGGGACCCUGUGUGCCUUUAAGGUAAAGACGGUAUUGACCAUAUCCUAUUUUGGAACACACAAGUUGACUUGUAAACGAGGACUAAGUUUUUGCCUAUGAAAUCGCUAUUAUGUUUUUACCUCUGUAUUAUUAAGCCAUAAAGCCAUCUUUAUGUUACUUCAUAUUUUAUAGUUUCCCUGUUUCUUUGUAGUGAUGCACUGAUAAAGAAUAUAAUAUUUUUUUAUUCGUAUAAUAGGAAAUGGAGCGAUCCUAUUGGUAGCCUUUUACUUAGUUUUUAAUUUUGCCUUGCGGCCCGUCUAGUUAAGCGUCUAAAACUGGUGCAUAAUGUUUUUCCUCAUAUUUUUUUAUAAGUGAUGUUGGGGACAGUCCUGUGUUUUAUAGCUGAAUAACUUAAAAUGAAAAAAAAAUACUUUCAAAGCUUAAAAAUAAUUUAUUUUUAAUUUUUAUUAAGGCAAAAUUUAGAUUUAUAAAAAUCGAAAAAAAAAUAAAAUUGCAAAACUUGAACGUUGAGAUAAAUCUCUACAUCGUUUAUUAAACGUUUAAAACACAAUGUUGUUGAAAAUUCAAGUAUGAUUUUUUUUUAGAUUUUUAAAUGCAUAAAAAAGAUAAAUUAUUAUCAAGAGUCACUAAAGUUGAGAUAAACACAGGACUGUUUCUUUUCAACACAAACAAUAUAAUCUUAAAAUUAUUUUUAUGUUUGGUGUUUGAGUGUUGUGUGUUUUAUUCUGAAGGGAUUUUUAUUUCAUGUUGUGUAUUUGCUGUAGUUUUUUUUGUCUUUGGCGAUAAAUUGCGUUGUUUUAGCGGUGCCCAACAUAUUAAGGCCUGGUUCUGGUCAUAAUUUGUGUCUCAGUAGAUCUAUGGAGUAAUUUUUUAUUCAAUGAAAACCGUUAAAAUUCAUAUUUAUUUCUCAUUUCAUUCAUAUAUUAUGAAUAUAUAUUUCAUAUUAAACAUUCAUAUAUUAUGAAUUUUAUUUUAACAUUUAAUGUAUUUUUUUGAAAAUUGAAUUUUUUGUGCUAUAUGGCCCCAAUAAAAUUUUAUUUUACUCGUUAUUUAUUAUUUAUUUAGUUGGUAAAAAAUUUUAGUCAAAUAAAAUAUGACUAAAAUUUUUUAAUUUAAAAGAUGAGACUUGUUUUGAAUACACUUAGAUCAUACGAGUAAGAUAUGGUAGAAAAGCAACGCAAUUUAUUUUUCAAAGGUCAUUGUUAUUUUCUGAUGUAUUUCUAAAUGUAUAGAGGAAAGAUUUAUGAAAAUAAGGUGUGUAAGUUGACCUGAUUAUAAAAAAAUGAUUAGUUAUAAAUGCUUCGUAAAAAUAUAAAUUUCGUAAUAGGCAAAGCGCGUCCCAUUUUAGGCAUGUGAAUUACCUUUAACAGUUAAGGGUCAUUUUCAUAACGACAGCCUGGCCAGGAAAAAACCUUUGCCAUGUUGUGGAUUAAAAUGUUCAAUUUCUUCUUUUUUUAUAAAUUGACUUUACGGGUCUGAGUUCCAGCCCUUUUGAGCCUGUUAAUUUAUUCUAUCAGCAUAUUAAGCACAGACUGCUGAAAAAUAUUUGUGGCUCUCAAUCCAGGUUAAGUUUUUCUGGUCAGGCUACACAAUACAAAUUAAUUAUUAAUAUUUAUGUGCAUUCGAAUUUCGAAUUAGCAGCGAUGUCGCAUUGUAUAAGCCACGACGAGUAACGAGUGGAAAAACCACAAGCACAAAGUAACGAUUUUUUUAUCUGUUUGAUUAGUACAAAUUCGUUCCAUUUUCAAACCAUUCCAUGUACAUUUUUGAUAGCACUGAAUUUAUUUAUUUAAGUAUCUUCAUUGUGCAUGUUGUGCGCCACGAGACAAGUUUGUUUCUAUGCACAGCCUAGAAGUGCUGUACUAUAGUAUAUAUUGAAAAAAAAACCCGGUACAGCUGAACAUAAAACCUCCUUUUUGGAAGUCGGUUAAGCACCCGAUGAUCAUUGUAUUCCAUUUGCACCCACAUUCCGUAGUUACAGACUGUUUUAUAAUAAUUAGAUUCGGCCGAAGGGACGCUACAACUUCGCCAUAUUUUUGUACGGUGGUCGAUUUCACUGUAAACGCAAUAUUCGUGUUGUAAAUAAAUAUGAAUCAAGUUCAAAAA